AUGCUUACAAACCAGCACCUUCUCGAAGGGUUCGGGGCUUCAAGGUUCUUGUCGGAAUCGCCGGAAUCUGUUGUUGUUUGUUGUAAAGUUCGCAAAAGUAAGGAGAACCUUUUCGCGGUCCAUCGAAGAAAGCAAAACACCUUGAGCGAUGGGCAUGGAAGGAGGCGGGUCGGCGGGUUUUAAGGCCCUAUAAAAGUUGGCGGGCCGGGUCCUGAUUCUAGUGUGGAACUGUUCAGCGAACAAACUUGGUAAGUUUUUGGUUUUUCGGGUAAUUUUGUGAAGUUUGUAGGGUUUUAUGGUUAAAUUUUUAAAAAAUUAAAAAAAUUUUUUUUGCAAAAAUUUUGUUUACAACUUGGAACAGUCCAACCCACAUUUUUUUGCUAUUUUUUUAUUUUAAAAACCGCUUCAAUAAAAAAAUUUUCAGCUGAAACCAUGACCGCUCGUGUAGCCGUUCUUCUGUGCUUGUUGAUUGGCGGAGCCAACGCCGGUGGCGGAUAUGCCGUAGCCCCACCAAGCUACUCGUCCGGUGGCUCUAGCUACGCCAAGCCACAAACCUACUCGGCUCCAGCCCGCUCGUCUGGCUACGCUCGUCCUCAACAAACCUACUCGGCCCCAGUCCAACAACAGACUUACCAAGCCCCAGUCCAACAACAGAGCUACGCUGCUCCAGCCCAGACCUACUCGGCUCCAGUCCAACAACAAACCUACUCGGCUCCAGCUCAAAGCUACGCCGCUCCAGCCCAAAGCUACUCGGCUCCAGCCCAGAGCUACAGCCAACAAUCCUACGGAGCUUCCAGCUACGCUCAACCAGCCGCUAGCUACGGAUCCUCAUACGGUGGAUCUUCAUACGGAUCUGGCUACGGAGGACAGUCCGCCGGAUACGGUAGCUCAUACGGAUCUUCAGGCUACGGACAAUCUGGCUAUGGAUCAUCAUACGGUGGACAAUCUAGCUACGGAUCCAGCUACGCCCAGCCAUCCGCCAGCUACGGAUCUUCAUACGGCUCUGGCUACGGAGGACAAUCGGCCGGCUACGGACAAUCCGCUGGAUAUGGCAGCUCAUACGGUGGACAAUCCAGCUACGGAUCUAGCUACGCUCAGCCAGCCGCCAGCUACGGAUCUUCAUACGGAGGUCAAUCCGCUGGAUACGGACAAUCUGCCGUCUAUGGAUCUUCAUACGGUGGACAACAAGCUUCAUACGGAUCCAGCUACGCUCAACCAGCUGCCAGCUACUCCCAACAAUCUUACUCUGCUCCAGCCCAGACUUACUCUGCUCCAGCUCAAACCUACUCUGCCCCAGCCCAAACCUAUGCUCAACCAGCCGCUCCAGCUUACCAAGCCCCAGUCCAACAACAGACUUAUGUCCAACCAGCUGCUGCCCCAUCAUACCAAGCCCCAGUCCAACAACAAUCCUACUCCGCUCCAGCUGCUCCAGCCGCCUCAUCGUACGCUCAACCACAACAAAGCUACUCGGCUCCAGCCCCAGAACCAGCUCCAGUAGCCACCUACACUCAAGCUACCGCUGCCCCAACCACCGCCGCUCCAGAGCCAGUCUACGAGACCACUGCCGCCCCACCAGCCUACUCUCCACCCUCCACGACCGUUGCCCCACCAGCUCCACCAGCCCCCGAACACCCAGCUUCAUCCGGAGGUUACGACGUGCCACGCACCAACUCCAACAUCCAAAGCAAGACCUACGUGAACCAGGUCUCCUCAUCGUACUAA